AUGGGCGGUGUUUGCUGUAAACCAGAUGAAGUCGACUUUGCCCACGAAGUCGAACUGUUCCAUUUCUAUUUGAUACGAGUUAUUGGCAAGGGUGCCUUCGGCAAAGUGCAUCAAGUGCAACACAAAGGCACACUUCAAGAGUAUGCACUGAAAUGUAUAAACAAGAGCCGCUGUGUCGAAGUACGAGCUGCCAACAACAUGGUCGCAGAACGCCGUUUACUGGAACGUAUCGACUAUCCUCUCGUAGUGAAUCUUCGGUAUGCCUUCCAGGAUGACGACCAUCUGUUCAUGGUCUUGGACCUUAUGCUCGGUGGCGAUCUGCGCUUCCAGUUGGAACGCUAUGGUCCCCUGGGCGAAUUACAAGUGCGAUUCUACGUGGCCGAAAUCGCCUUGUCUUUAUCCUAUUUGCAUCGGCGACGUAUUGCUCAUCGCGAUGUGAAACCAGACAAUAUAUUAUUGGACGGCAAUGGCCACGCUCAUCUUUCCGAUUUCAAUAUUGCCACACAAUUCAACGACAAGCGACCAUUGAGGUGGACAAAGGCCGGAUCUUUAGCCUACAUGGCACCCGAGAUUCUCGACAAACGAGGUUAUGCAACGUCGGUCGACUGGUGGAGUCUGGGAGUUUUAGCCUACGAACUUCUUUUCGGCAGACGGCCAUUUAAAGGCAACACAAACGAAGAACUGGUCGAAUCGAUAUUGAAUGAGCCCUUGGAGUUCCCUGACAAUGCACAUGAACUGGUGUCUGAUGACUGCAUUGAUCUAGUUACCAAGCUGCUCGAUCGAACGCCGUUUCAACGGAUAGGCUGUGGUCAAGGAGGGUUUGUGCAGUUUAAAGAACAUCCAUGGUUCGACAAGAUGGACUGGCAUAAACUCGAGAGAAAAGAAGCCACACCCCCUUUCACCCCCAGUAAAGACGAGUCUAAUUUUGACGCUGUACACGAGCUCGAGGAGUUGUUAUUAGACGGCGAACCUUUGCGGGCACGGAAACGCGCAUCAAAAUCAACGUUGGCAGACAGCGAUCAGGACAGCGAAGCGGCUCGUGCACGACAAUUGCUGGAUGAAAAGUUCCUGCCAUUUGAUUGUACCAAGCAAGAAAGUUGGGGUCAGUAC